UUGGCAGUGCGAGUACGGAGGCUGCCGGUGCUGCAUUGGAGCAGCUCAGGGGUUCACAUGUUCUUUCACUGCACCACUGUGCCUGGGAACAGGAGUAACCUCUCACAGAGACAGAACCGGAGUGGAAUUAGACCUGCGGUUUAAGGAGCUGGACAAAAGUUGGUUUUUUUUUAAAACGAGGAGAGAAUCAGAGAUAAAGUGGAGCGGAGAAAUGACAUGAGAACGAUGAUGAGGAGAAGGUGUGCAGUGAAGAUGUACAAACGCGCUCCACUGUCCUGCUUACUGCUUCUACUGUCACUGCUGGACAUCAAUGCAGCUUGUCCCUCGGUGUGCUCCUGCAGUGACAGCCAGAGGGAGGUGGACUGCUCCUGGAGGGGCCUAAGACACCUGCCCAGCGGCCUACAGUUCAACGUCUACUCCCUCAAUCUGUCCCAUAACCGACUGGCUGAUCUAGACCACCACCUCAGCCCCUACACGCACCUCCGCACACUUGAUAUCUCCAACAACCGCCUGGCACGCCUGCCCGCCUCCCUGCCCCGCUCACUAUGGGACAUCCGUGCUUCUGGCAACCGCAUCCGUUUCCUGGAGAAAAACGACACAACCUACCACUGGAACUUACGUACCCUGGAUCUGUCAGCCAACAAGCUUGAGCGGGUGGUCUUCAUAAACAACACCUUGCCCAACCUGAAGGCCCUCAACCUCAGCCACAACCGGUUUUGGACCGUGCCUACCAACAUGCCUCAAAACCUGGAGAUGGUGGAUCUGUCCCACAACACUCUUGUGCAGAUCCUGCCUGAGUCACUGGACCGCUUAGCCAAGCUGACCCGCUUCCAUCUGCAUGCUAACCGCUUCUCCACGGUAAGCGAGGGUGCCUUUGAGAAGCUCCAUGGUUUGAGGCUCAUCACACUUGGAGAUAACCCAUGGGCUUGUGAACAAAGGGCCAACAUUAGCUACUUGUUGACUUGGGCCAGGCACACCUCAGCUCGUGUGCUGGGCUGCCCCUGCCACACUUGGCCAAUCUGCGGGGAGGCCCACUUGGCUAGGACGGGGGGUUGGCACUUUGCUACGUACACGCUUUCACCAUUCAGGACGGCCCAAAUGCAGGGUGUGUCCACGCACUUUUGGGCUGAGAAAGCGCUUACAAUCCCACAUCACACCAGGGAGGCAGCAAGAGUCUCUAGCAGGCCAGAUGAGUAUGCCUUCAAGCAUGGCUUCCCCUUGACCUCUACUUCAGAUGACCUCUCCACGCUCCACUCCUACCCGCCUACAGACGUACCAUUUAUGGCAGAAGACCUUCUCAGUACGGAUAGUUUCCUCACCACUGGUAGAGUCCUCACUUCCAGCACAAGGAGGACAACCACUCUUCGCACAAGAAGUGUCAAGAGGGCCAACCAAGGUCUUGGUAGAAACGCAAGUCCAGGACACAAAUCGAGGGAUAUAUUUGUAAUGUCCCUGCUACUUCUGAUAACUACUGAUCAAGUCAUGUGAGAGGCUUAGCUUCUAUCCUGAAUUCAUCUGAAAACGUGCAUUUUACAUAAUGCUUGCCCUCAAUAACUGCUUUAUAUAAUUUUGCAUACAUAUUUGUUUAUUCUAAAAGAAAAAUUGAGACCAUUUGCCAGAUAUAGGUAGCACAGUCUUACACUAAAUUACAUGGUCACUGGAUGGUCACUCUCCAUUUUAAAUUCUCCUCAACAUUUUAAGACUGCAUUCCAACUACUUGGAACAAAGCAAACUACUUCACAGCUUCAUAUUAAACAAAAUAGUGUUUUAAGGUCACUAAUCAACAGAAGAACAGUCUUUCUAAGACAUCUGUAUGCUAAUAACCAUUACCUUAAAGUUUACCCAGGGCUCUGGUUGUAUGGGUAAAGGAGAUUAAAUACAUUUUGUAUAUUUGUCAUGAUGGAAAUUUGCAUUCUUAUUUCAAAACAGACUUUCACUCCUGUGCUUGCAGUCAAAGUGUUUCACGGACAUUGACCACACUUGGUACACAUUUUCACACUUGGCCACACUUGGUAUACUUGUUUUCAUACUUGGCCAACAAGCAGAAAGAGCUGCAUGAAUGAUUAUUUAAUAUUACCCACUAAUGGCAUUAUAAGAACUAUAAGAACACCAGGAGGGGGAGCAAGAGAUCUAGAUUUGUGUGCUGCAGAUGAGAGUUGGGCGUUUACAUUAUUUCCUCUUUAGCAAGGAGCUGGCAUCAGUCAAAAAAAAAAAAUAUAUAAUACUGUAAGCUGCCUAAGAGUUAUAUGUAUUAUAUAAAUGCUUUUUGAAAAUCCUCUGCAGCUCUAAAGGCAGAUCAAGGUAUCACAGAACCAGCCUGAUGGGGCGAUUAUGACAGCACUACUUUCAGCACCGUUAUGACAAUAUAAUUACUGUGACUUAAGUACAAUGGAGCAUGAUGAAAGCAGCUGUCAGACAUGCAACUCAAACAGCGCUUAAGCUAAUAGCAGAAAAAAGUACCGACUAUCAGAGCAAAGUAUAAAAUUAUAACCAGUCAUAAUAUUGUGAUGGGCAUAUGGCUAAACAGCUCAUCUUUCUACAGAAACUCAAACUCCAAAAUGCACUUCAUCAUAUUCUCCAUAAUUUUCAUACUUCACAAGCUGCAUUCAAAAGGUGGGCGUCGUACGAGGCUGUCUUCUUCCCAGGCAAAUAGAUGGGUGAUGUCAUUUUAAACCCUUCUAAUAAAAGAAGCUGAACCCAUUUUUCUGGGGUAUCAACUAUAAACACAUGGCAUCUCUUCAGUGAU